GAGGCGCAAAUGUUUCUCACGUCUCAACACCAAGCGGACUCCACACGAAGCUGCCAUGUCGCCAUUUUCCGGGAUUCUCUCAACCCUUUGCGUCCUCGGCGUUUUCGUCGUUAUAUCAGGGGCAGAUCACGAAGAAGCCGUGGAUGUUUUGCGAAAAAUUCUUAUCUCGGUGACGAACAUCGAGCAGCGUCUGGCAUCGAAGUCUUCGAAAUAUUCGAAGGGUGGUCGACUUCCAUACAACGACCCGUACAACCUGGCUCUGUAUUUUUCUCAGCUGUCCCCGAAUUUGCAAUCGCCCAUCACGACCGUAAGCAACGCGCCCCGAAACGUGAACACUGGUUUUGGAAAUCAAGAGAGCUCGAACGUCAUCAAAGCCAGAAUCGGUUCGUUGACGUCCGACGAGAUUGAGGAUGACGAAUCGGUAAGCAGGGAAUACGUUCCCUCGGAUUACACGAAGCUCCGGCACGGCAUCGAUGUCUUUAACAGCAACAUCAAUACCAAUCAGAACUUCGCGCGAAGGCUGCAACCAGGUUUCCAAGAGGUGCAAGUACACAACUCUAACAAGAGGAGAGGAAGAAGGCCUUAUCACAGCAAUGCAAAUAACAACCAAAACGUUGUAAUCCACGACGACCCCGAAUUCGGCGAGGACGAUUAAACCAUGAUUAAUAAAUGACCUAAGAGACGGAAGAGUCUCGGUUCGCCGCAAGAAAAUGCGAGGACGGAAAUUUUCCCGAUUUUCCCGAUUCGACCGUAACGUCGAAUUACGCGCGUUCUUGUAACCAGGAAAUUCUGGAGACCUGUAUUUAUUUGAGAUGGAAUAAAAUUUGCAACAUUUAA